AUGGGACAAGUAGAAUGCUUAACCAUAUUAGAAACUAUUGCAGAUAUUACCAUGCAAAUGUUGACAAAAAACCAGAAGAUAAUUAGUAGUGAUAAGAGUCAAGGUAACAAGCUUGUAGCCAGGGGGUUUGUGCAGACUGAUGUUUUGGAAGCUUGUGCUGAGAUGAUUAUUAAAGAUAAGCUUCCAUUCAAUUUUGUAGAGAAGAAAGGCUUUAGGAAAUUUUGCAGUGUUACUUGCCCUUUGUUCAAUGUUCCUAGCAGGAGAACAAUUUUAAGAUAA